CACCUUACUUCCGGUCUAUGAGAAUAUCGCGAAAUCCCGCGAGACUAUUUGCUGUAGCAACUUGGUUGCUAAGUAAGCGUCCAUCAUCCAAGUCUUCACAAGUUCACCUGUGGAAACAGAGCAACCAGAGUGAUGGCCAAGCUUGUUCAGCCCCCUCCUCGCUUUACCCACUCAGAGUGGAUAACUUCUAACCUCACAAAGUACGCCAAUGCUGAGGUGGAGCGGGCAGCCGCAGAGCGCCUUGUGGAAGAAUCCAAACGUCUGUCAGACGAAACUGAAAAGAGGACAGAGAAAACACAGAGAGAUGUCAACAAAAAAUUUGAACAAAGAUUGGAUGAUAUCAAAUACUGGAAGCAGGAAUUAGAUGAUAAAUUAGAUGGUAUUACAACAGAGAUAGAUAACUUACUGGCAUUCAAGACCAGAGUAGAAAAAGCUUUAGAGGCCACGGCUGAACCACUACAUAUUGCCCGUCAAUGUCUGGGAAAUAGAGAGAAAAGAGUAUCUAUUGAUCUAGUCCAUGAUGACGUACAAAAACAACUGAUGAAGGAAGUAGAGUCAAUUGAAGGAGUGCAGGCUCUUCUACAGAGGACACUCGAACAGGCAACUGAACAAAUCAGACUGAAUCGUAAAGCUAAGUACCAGCUGGAGAAGGAUCUGAAGGACAAAUUCUCAGCAGUGUCAAUAGAUGAGUACUGUGGCAACCUCAGGAAUAACUCUGCUGGACUCGGGUUCAAGGCUGAUGCUGCAAAGAUUGAAGCUAAUUCCGUGUGUCCUGAAGAUUGGAAAGACUUUUCCAAUGAAAACAUUCUGAAAGCUGAACGUGAACGUCAGAGCUCCGUGGAUCUCCGAUCACUCAUUGAUGGAAUUCUCCAACAGACGUCUAAUGACAUGCGCAAACAAUGUGCUGAUGUCAACCUCUGCUUUGAUAAGCGUAUAAGAGAGACCAAAGAUUCCAAGCAAAAACUGGAGGACCACCUUAACCACGUACUUGCUCAAAUUGCGGAGAUUGAAGAGAACAUCUCAAGACUGCAGAAAUCCAUCCAGGAUAAGUCACAGCCCAUGCAGCUGGCCCAGACACGAUUGGACACGAGGACAAACCGUCCCAAUGUCGAACUGUGUCGAGACCCUGUACAGUACAGGCUCAUCGAGGAGGUUGGAGAAAUUGAUAGCUCUGUCGCUCAACUACAGGAACGUCUUCGCCAAACAGAAGACUCUCUCAAGGGACUUAUUCGCAAUCAGCUGUCGUUGGAAGAGGAUAUCGGUGUCAAAUCCAACACUCUGUUUAUUGAUGAGGUUGAAUGUAUGGGCAUGAGGAAGAGCAUCAACAUCCAAAACUUCUAAACCAAUUGGAGAAAAAAAAAUAUUGAUAAACAAUUUAGUCUGUGAUAACAAUACUUUGGACAGAUUAAGCAGAACAGAAAAUAAAAUUCAAAAACCAUUUUGUCAAGCUGGGAGAAAAUAUGUGGAGUUGUGAUAUAGUUCCAUUUGUAAAACCCGAACAAGAACUGUUUAUGCAAUCGUUGCUAUGUACCUCUGUGUCUUUCUACACUUUCCUGUUUUUCAUGUGAACUGUUCCAUGUGUUACUGUCAGAAUUUAGAGUCAAAAGAUAGGUUUAUAAUAAAUUUACUGUGGGAAUGUCCUAUUUCCAAAUCAUUUUGUCCAUCCAACCAAUUUUACAUAUUUUUCCAAGAUGUAAAAAAAAAACUACUAUUGUUUUGUUAAUUCCAAAGAAUGACAGGAAUUAUGACAUAUUGUAAAUUGUAACUUAUACAGAACUAUGCCCAACUUAGUUACUAUUUGAGUCGAAAGGAAACUUUGAAUAUUCCAAGCUUCUUUGGAAGGACUGGAAUGCAAUUUGAAUAUGAGCUUCAAACAUGUCAAAAAUUAACCAAACUUGGGUACAUUUCUGUAUUUGAUAUUUUGGAAAUGUCUUUUUAGAUAUUUCUGUAAAUUUUAUUUACAAAACAUAACCGUUUAUUGUAAAUACUAUGUUAUUGUAAUAUAAUAAAAAAGAAAUAAAAUGAUAAAAUCCAG